AUCGUAACCUCUAUUACCUGAGCAACUUGCUUGCAUUCAGGAAGCUGCUUGGCAGUUUUCGUUUUUUUAUUUUAGGCCCUGCAGCGUCGGCUUUUGCUUUCUAGGCCCAGUCUUUACAGAACUGUUUUCAGCACAGCCCCUGGAGUUGUGAAGACUUGGGGCUGUAGACUGGAGACCAACAACAAACAGAAGAGAGCCCAUUGGCACAGUGGCAUGCCAGAUAUGUCGGAGAGUCUGCUGGCUUUAGAGGCACUGGAUUCAUGGCGACAACAGAGCGGACUCCGUUUAUGAAUCCAGAUAAUGACUUGUCGAGCUUGAAGGACACAGCUGUUCGACAUGGCUUUGUUCGGAAGGUCUUCGGCAUCCUUGGAGUGCAGCUUUUUGCUACUACAAUUGUGGCAGGCUUCAUUACCAUCUAUGGCGAUCAUUUGGUGUCAUCAAAUCCUGGCCUGGUAACCACGCUGAUGGUGUGCUCAAUUAUGCUCGUCCUCAGUGUUAGCUGCGUUUUCAUGUGCUGCCCAGACACCAUGAGGCGGAGUCCCACCAACUAUGCGCUGCUGUCGCUCUUCACCUUGGCAGAGGCCGUCCUAGUUGGCUUCAUCUGCGUCCAAUACACAGUGCAGUCGAUCCUGGUGACUUUGGCCAUCACAGCAGUGGUGACUCUGUCGCUGAUGCUCUUUUCUUGCCAGACCACGUAUGAUUUCACUGGCUAUAUGCCCUACAUGUUUACCGCCACAUUAGUUCUGCUCUUCCUGGGGAUUGGCAUCUCCAUCUCUGCAGCCUUUGGGGCUGCAGGCACCGGCGCCUUUAAGGUUCUGAACAUGAUUUAUGCUGGUCUGGGUGCCUUGAUGUUUUCCUUCUACAUCGUUCUCGACACGCAGAUGAUCCUGGGCGGAAAGCACAGCAAGUUCAGGUUCUCCAUCGAUGACUAUUGCAUGGCCGCCAUUAAUAUCUACAUGGACAUCGUGCAGCUUUUCCUCUUCCUUCUGCAGCUCCUCGGCGAGCGCAAAUGA